ACUUUAUAUUUAUAAUGCAGAUGCAAUUAUUAAAAAUAAUUUACAAGUGAGGCAGUAAUAUAAAGUAGCUGAGCAGCUGAGGGUUAAGAAGGUCAAACAGUGACUCUGGAAUUUGAUUAGAUAGAUAGAUGGAUAGAUGGAGAGAUAGAUGGAUAGAUAGAUAGAUGGAUAGAUAGAUAGAUAGAUAGAUAGAUAGAUUGAUGGAUGCGCCUUCUGUGAAAGACUGAAUAAAGUGUGAUGAAGGUUUAAGCUGAGUGAUGCCUGAUGAAUUUAGGGCAGACUAGUAAAGAUAAACUUUCCACUUCGGAUUUCCAGAAUGUGCUUAUGUGGCCAUCACCAUGUAUUAAUACUAACAAGUAUUAAUCUCAGAUUUCCAAAUAUAUAAAUAAAAAUUAACCAGGCCCAAAGUCCUAAUAUAUUAUGUCAGAAUAUAUUGUGCAAUCUGGGAAUCUACUAACUUCCUGUUAUUUUGUAUACUUAUAAUCCUGAAGAUAUAUUAACUUGCAUUUUGAGAGAAAGAGAGAAGACAUAAAGAUGCAGCUGGAUAUGUAUAUAAAUCUGCUACUGACAAUUACAGGGCUUGUGCAAGUGGUUACUGCAAGUAAGCCACAGUGGGUAAAGAUCUCAGGCCCUGAUGAGGUAGUAGCUGGAGUGAGUGCCCUCUAUGAGUGUUCUGCAAUCUGCAGUCGUACCUGUUAUUAUACCUGGAACGUGAAAGGCCAGUCAUUUCCUGGAAGCAAAUUUACUCUGACUGAAAAUGGCGUAGACACGUUCAUCUCACUAGCAUGCACUGUGACAGAUGAAGACCAUAAGCACUUUGUCAGCGAGAUCAGAUCAGUCACAGUGAUAAAUCCAGUUUCUGUGAAGCCAUCGACUAAUCAAUCAGUACUUAACCAGCAGCCUAAAGUGGGUCGGUCAUUUUGUUUAACAUGUGAUGCGGCCUCCCCACCAGUCACUAUAACCUGGCUUAAGGAUGGUGAACCUCUUACAUUAGACUCCAGGAUGAGCCUAUCCACGGACAAUGGGACUCUGUUUUUUAGCCUACUUGAAGAGUCAGAUAGUGGCCAAUAUCAGUGCAAGGUCCUUAAUGGAAAUGUCAGUGUAAUAAGCAAGGCCUACUGGAUUUAUCUUGGAUAUGUUAUUGUGAGCGUAACUGGGCCAAACCGAGCUGAAAUAGGCAUACAAAGCGAGUACACUUGUGAUGCACAGUGCAGGAUGGAUUGCACUGUGCAGUGGGCCUUGCAUGCAGGCUUUCCAAGGGGAAGAUUUAUUGCUGAGGGACCAAAGAUUCUCUGGACCCCCUCUGACAUUGGACAGACGCAGGUCUUCACUUGCAUCACUUUGAACCCGGGAGCAGGCAAUAUUGGGCAGGUCUCCAAAAUUGUGACUGUUGUAGCACUGCCUUAAUCCACUUGUGCAUGGAGUUCACCAGUGCUUCACAGUGGAAGCUGGAGUCCUCUUCCACUCCUCCAUGAUGAUAUCAUGGAGCUGGUGGAUGUUAGCGACAGUGUGCUCCUCCACCUUCCAUUUGAGGAUGCCCCACAGAUGCUCAACAGGGUUUAGGUCUGGAGACAUGCUUGGCCGGUCCAUCACCUUCACCCUCAGCUUCUUUAGCAAGGCAGUGGUUGUCUUGGAGGUGUGCUUGGGGUCGUUAUCACGUUGGAAUACUGCAUACUGAUCAUGCUCUGCUUCAGUAUGUCACAGUACAUGUUGGCAUUCAUUCAUUUAUAAGUGUAAAAUUUAUAUUAAGAAUUUAUAGAUUUCUGUAAAGCUUUGUGACAAUGUCCAUUAUUAAAAGCACUAUACAAAUAAAAUUAAACUUGAAAUUAUUCUGACAUCUUGUAAUUUUCUUUAGGUAUACUGUAAAAGGAAAGGUUUCAAAACAUUUACAUUUUGCAAGUCAUUUCGUCAGUAUGUUUUUAAGCAAGUGCAAAUAGUGUCCAUGUUGCAUUAAGUACAUACAGGUAUAUUUACACAAGGUAAGAAGAAAUGUAAGGUUUACUGCCUUUGAAUAUUUUGGCAUCCUUUAUAAAAUGAGCAUUAUAAUAUAAAAAGAAUAACACAAAAUAAUAAAUGAUGGUGUUAUAUUAAACAAAUCGUGAUACUGUAUAGUUUUCUUUAGAAAAAAUUUUUAAAAGAAAAAAAUUUAAAUAAAAGAAGAAAGUUAUGAGGUUGUGAUUUGAUCCCAAAAAGCCAUGCUGGU